GGGACUUGGAGUCACACAAAAGUGUGAUGUUACUGCCAUGGCGUGACACAAGACAGACAACACAAGAGGCUGAGUGAGGACACCGGAGCAACCUCUGCAUCUCAUACAAGGAAAGUGGAUUUAGUGGAGCGCACACACUGUGUGGAAGAGAUCAUCCAUAUCAAUGAGGACACCUGGCAUGGCGCUUUUCAAGCAGCAGGCUGUGGAGGACUUCUAUGACAUCGGGGAGGAAUUGGGGAGUGGUCAGUUUGCAGUGGUCAAGCGUUGCACGGAGAAGAGCACAGGCGUCGAGUACGCCGCCAAGUUCGUCAAGAAGCGUCAGAGUCGGGCAAGCAGACGCGGUGUGCGGCGCGAGGAGAUCGAGAGGGAGGUGGACAUCCUCCAGCAGCUCCAGCACCCCAACGUGGUGGCCCUUCACGACGUCUACGAGAAUCGCACGGAUGUGGUGCUUGUCCUUGAGCUCGUUUCUGGCGGAGAGCUGUUCGACUUCCUGGCUCGCAAGGAGUCGCUUUGUGAAGAAGAGGCCACUCAGUUUAUCAAACAGAUCCUGGAUGGUGUCCAGUACUUCCACUCCAAGAGGAUUGCACAUUUUGACCUAAAGCCUGAAAACAUAAUGCUACUGGACAGGAACGUUCCUCUUCCGCGCAUCAAAGUCAUCGACUUUGGGUUAGCACACAAGUUAGAAGACGGAGCAGAUUUUAAAAACAUUUUUGGAACCCCUGAGUUUGUCGCUCCGGAGAUAGUCAACUAUGAGCCUCUGGGGUUGGAGGCAGAUAUGUGGAGCAUUGGAGUCAUCACGUAUAUACUUCUGAGCGGCGCGUCGCCUUUCCUCGGUGACACAAAGCAGGAAACGUUAGGGAACAUCUCAGCCAUGAGCUACGAAUUUGACGAGGAGUUCUUCAGCAACACGAGCGAGCUGGCCAAGAGCUUCAUCAGACAGCUGCUGGUGAAAGACACAAGGAAACGGAUGAGCAUAGAGCAUGCACUCAACCAUCCGUGGAUUAAGUCCUGUGGGCGUACGCCGGAGAGCCCCGCCCCAGACGCUGAGCGGAAAGCUGAGCAGCUGAAGACCAAGUCUCUCAAGGAAUACGACAGCCAGUCACACUCCAGCAUGAUCCCCAACAACACCUACGCCAGAUUUGAACGAUUCACCCGAGUGGUGGAGGACCUCGGUCUGAUGGAGACUGAAGUGACACAGGUGGCGGGAGCCCGCCAUACCUUGCAAAGUGACCUGGAAGCAUUGCUUGCCAUUUACGACGACAAAGAAAUUUGGUACAAACAGCAGAGCGAAACCACCAGGAAGCAACUCUCCCAAGUCCGCUAUGAGUAUCGUAAAGUGGAAGCCACCAGGAAGCUGCUGCGGGCAGACCUGACGGGCGUGCGCACCACUUUGGAAACCAUCGGCGGGAAGUACCAGCAGAGGCAGAGUCAACUGGAAGCGCUGAGGCAUGAGCUGAACUCUGAGCUGCAGUGGCUGCAGGAGGUAGUGCAUUUUCUGGAUCCACCGGGAGCUCACGGCAGCAGUCUGCACACAGCGCUGAAGGAGCUGCUGCAACAAGGAAAGCUCUAUCCCAGGGCCCAAAACCCCCCAGCUGAGUCAAAUGAAUGAGAAAAGAGACAUUUUAUUUUCAUUAUUUUUAUUUGUAAAUGUCACAGAGUAUAAAUUGCAAAACUAGGGCUAGAAAAAAAAAAAAAAAAAGAAUUGAAAAAUCAGUUUUCAUGAAAAAAAAAAGUGAGUGCACCGAAUUGAAUGGGUUCGUUUUACUUGUGGAGUCAUUGAAUCGAAUUGCACCCGUGAUACGUAUCAAAUCGUUUUUAUUUGGAGAGAUUCACGGUGCCUUUCAAAGCCUACCCCUCGUAAAGUGAAAUUAAAUAUGUCUUCUAAUUUGAAACGCUACAGAAAAGAGAUUUGUUGACAACCCUGUCAAUUUCAAAUGAUUAACGAGAGGCGCUAGCUCACAAGCUAGCCCACGAGUUAACAAGCUUGGACCUCGUGAUAACUCAAUAAAUUGCAGUUGCGCCGGGGGACCACAGAUGCGAACAAAGUUUUCUCCCCCCUUGACUUUUUUUUUGCAGAGUGUAUACUGAAAUAAUGCUAAUCUCAUCACAAUUUACUCACAAAUGCUCAGUGUGAAAAUCUGAGCCUCUUUAGCAGAACACAACGCUGGUAUACUCUCAGGGAGACACUUAUUGAUAUCUAAACAAGCAUACCGGUACAUUAAUUGUAGUCAAUAAAUAAUCAUUUUAGAUCAACGUGAAUUACAAUAAGUUGAAUUUGAUAACUUCCAGGUGCUCGUGCCCACGGUACAGUGGCAGGGACUCACCAGCGUGAACAGCACACACUAAGGGUAUCAUAUUAUUUUGAAUUUCAUGAUGUGUUAUGUUGUUCUGAUCUGAGUUUAAAAAUACAGAGUCGUCACUAUACUGUACUAUUUUGAUGUGGUUGAGGUCAGGGGUUUAGUCGGGUCUUUCACACCAGACUCAUCCAAGCAUGCCUUUAUGAAAACUUAUGGGGCGUACAAACAGCACUUGAGGGCAUAAACGUGGCCAAAAAUGUCCAGAUUUAUUGGAGAACAUUGGUGUCAUGCCCCAGCGCAUUUAUUAUUUUUUUAGCUCAGAGAUGUAUUAAGCAAGCAUGAUUUGGUUUGAAUUUGGCAAGUGGAGGCAAUGACUGUUGUGUUAUCAAUUAUUUAUGGCUUCACUGAGUUCUGAAUACAAAAAGUGUCAAGCCAGUCUUUCCAACGGAAUGCCUUGGAAUCACAUGUUGAGUUUAUUUCUCAUUCCAUUUUAUGAUUUAGUACUGUGUGAUUGUAACUCGGCACGCACUUUGCCAUGAUGUUGAUUUGUGAUUUUUUUUUUUCCUCCUCAUUUUGAAAGCGCACUUUUUAAUGAAGAUACCGUUUAUUUAUUUAUUUAUUUAUUCAUUCAUUUUAUUGAAAUGUUAUUUAUUUCUUGGCUAUAUUUUGGGAAAACUCAAAAUAUUAAAACCAAAACUGAAGUACUGUAUCGGAUCUUAUCUGCAAUACUUGGAAGAUGCUUCUGUGAUUCUCUUAUCUUUACAGAGAGAAACAAUGUUCACUUUUUGACUUCACGAAAACAUCGACUACAUUUAAAUUCCUGAAUUAAACAUUUUUAAAAAG